AAUACGUCACCUCAACGUAUCCUCUGAUUGGUCCGGGACUCAGCUAAGGCGGAAGUGAACCACGGAAGUCAAAAUGGGGACUCGUGUGAAGGUCCUGAGCGUGUUUAAAUCGCUACACAGGACAAGGAUGGCUGUAUUCAAAGAUGAUGAAAGAGCAUUGACAGCUGCAAAACUCAAGAUCAACGAGGAGUUCAGAAAAAAUAAAAAUGAAUUGUCAGAGGAAAACAUUAAAAAGAUGAUCAAAAUGGGCUCAGAUGUGGAAACAGUUCUACGGGAGUCUGUACUUCAAGUGGAGCAUCUUGGUGAUCAGAAACUUUUGCUUCGACCAAGAGAGAGUCUUCUACUAGAAAAUGUCCCCUAUUGUGACCAGCCCAGGAAAAAGUCAUAACAGAGUAACUUGAUAACACAACAAGGACAGAGACUCUUGUCUGUAUUGAAACACAAAAAUACACUCACUACCAUGCAAGUAAUAUUUAAUUUUGAUCUUCCAACCAGGAUCAGGGCCUUUAUAGAUACAAUUGUUUUUGCUGAAGCCAUCUGAUGUUCCUCUCUGUAAAGUAUGUGCUGUACAACUUAAAAUCACAAUUUCUUGUAACAUUUAAUGAUAUAUUUUCACUUUUAUUCAUGUAAUGUGGAUGCUGCUUUUUUUUUUCUUUCAAGGAAGUAACAUGCAAUGAGGAGUGUUGGAUUUAAAUGUUUAAAACCACCAAGAUUAAUAAAAAAAUGUAGGUAUUUAUUAUGAGAAGUGUAGACGAUGUAGAAAGAUGAAGAUGAUAAAGUGCUGUUUUAAGUGGCUUUUUAAAGUGACAAAAGUA